UUCGUACAUUUAAACCGUCGAACCAUGGUAACAUGACAGAUCUAAGGAUCUGUAGCGCUAGUAGCAAUGAUUCCUCUUUGACUUCUGUGGCAUCAUAGUCUCUUAAAUUUUCUUCCAGUCUCCUGACAGUCUGGUAGAAAGACUAUAGUGCUUCUGGCUGCCUCCAGAGGUUGCUGGAAAGAGAAGAGGUCUCUGUGUAGAAUGAGGAGGACAAGGGAAAUGAGCAUAAUAGCACAGUUCUACUGGUAUUGUUUAGCUCUAAGAAUAGCACAAAGUUAUCAUUGUUGGGUUGGAUAAUGCAGGGAAAACAACCAUUCUUUACCAAUUUUCUAUGAACGAAGUUGUACAUACAUCACCUACAAUAGGAAGUAAUGUAGAAGAGAUAGUGAUCAAUAAUACACGUUUCUUAAUGUGGGAUAUUGGUGGCCAAGAAUCUCUUCGUUCUUCCUGGAAUACUUACUAUACUAACACAGAGGACUUACGAAAAGCUGGAUUGCUGAUUUUUGCUAAUAAACAAGAUGUUAAAGAAUGCAUGAGUGUAGCAGAAAUCUCCCAGUUUUUGAAGCUAACUUCCAUUAAGGAUCACCAGUGGCAUAUCCAGGCAUGCUGUGCUCUUACCGGCGAGGGAUUAUGCCAAGGACUCGAAUGGAUGAUGUCACGACUCAAGAUUAGAUGAUCUCUACUGUCCUCUUCUCAUGAACUUUGUAUAAAUGAAGUGCUGGACUUUACCUGAAAGCUGCAAAAAUUAAUGGUUUAGAUAUAUUUAUAAUAAACUUUCAAACUUUUUCUAUAAGAAGAAAAUUAAGACCACUUAUUUGAAAACAAAGAUGAAGUUUCACCUUCCAAUUUUCUUUCUCAUUAUUUCCUUCCAAAGUAUGUUAUUAAACUGUGAUUGACAUUUUUCUCAAUGAAUCCUUUCAGGACAUUGUAGAGCCUGUGGUAAGUACAAAGGGCGAGGAAGACAUUUUGAAAUUUUAAGAGCUUUAUUAUCAGUAUAAUACUCCCUAGUUGAUGUUACUCUCUUCUUGUUCCAUUGAGUUAAAAUACAAAUCACAGAUGUUCUUUCCAAUUUUUUAAUGUAAUACUACUUAAGAAAAGUAUUUUGUUUAGGACUGUGUAUGUAUGUAUACCUCAAAUUCAGGUUAAUGUCUUGAUUUAUAUUCUGUAGAAAAGAAAAUAACACAAAAAUUAAUAUUCUUGGAUAAGUACUGGCCUUGGUGUUCAGAGCCAUUUUGUACUUUUCCCUGUGUUCUCUGUAUUGAACUAACCAGCUUUCCCAAAUCAUUGAGCUGCUCUUAAAAAAAAAACAAAAAAACAAGAAUCCUUGAUAUUGUGUAGCUGCUUUUUGUUGAUCAACAACACAUGGAAACAUGUAAUCAACCAAGAGGAAUAUCAGUCAGAGUCUUGGCUUAGUGUUACUAAUGGGCAGAAUUGCACAGUAAGCAAUUACCAGGUUAUUCCUUUUGUUCGUUCUUACACCAUCUAAAUUACAGAAUGAACUUUUAAUUAGCCAAUUAUAAAUUGUGAUUAAAACUAUCAAGUUUUUUUCCUGAUUAUAAGCUAUUGUCUAUCCAUGUCUAUCCAGAAAGGCAGACUUCUAUAAAUAUUAUUAAAUAGUUUAACUGCAGUCUUUUUUUAUUAUUAAGCUAGAUGUCAAGCAGUUAAAAUGGAUUUGUGAGUAUAAGGCAUCUGCCAAGCAACAUUGAUCAUUUCUUAUUUCACAAAUUUCUGAUUUUAGUAGUUGGGAUAGUUUGAGACUUUUUUGUUCCUUUAAGUUUUCUUGUAUCUUCUGUAAUAUAAAUGCAAUGUUUAACAACUGUAAAAUAUGAAUGUUUUUGAAUGAUUUUAAGAAUUUGAUUGAAAAGUUGACUGACUUGUUAUUUGUACUAGGAAAUAAGUUGAACCCAAACACCUUUUAUAUUUGCUUAGCGUUUUUUUCUUUUUUUAAUCUGAAAGUUGAACUUCUGUUAUAACUAGAAAUAGAAUUAUCCUAUAUUAACACAUACACUUGAAUAAUCUA